AUCAGUCAGUUUCUCGAAUUCGAGUUUGCUUCAUCGAUAAUAGCAUGGAAGCGUUCUCCAUCACUCAACCCUUCGAUUUCAUGAAAGUUGUAUUUCAAAUUUCUGGUAUAUGGACUGGACAGAAGGGAUGGCCCUUCUUGUACAAGGUCUAUGCAGUGCUAGUGCAAACAUUUCUUUUCUUUGCGUUUGGUAUUUCGAUGUGUAUCAAUUUAGCGUCAAUUAAAAACAUUGAAGACAUAACGGAAUCCUUUUACAUGACGUUAACAAUUAUUUUAAUGCUAAUAAAAAUUUUGAAUUUGGUUGUAAGAAGUGGAAAUCUGCUACAAUUCUUAGAGGGAGUGAACUCCCCGUUGAUAGAACCGGAAACUGAUGGCGAACUCGAAAUGUUCAAAAUAGCUUACAGUUCCUUCAACAGACAACGUAACUUUCUUUUAGUUUGUGGAUGGUCCUGCAUUCUCUCUGCCUUAUAUGCUUCAGCAUUUGGAGAUGGUGAUAAAUUACCAUACCCUGGAUGGUUUCCAUUUGACUGGAAACACAAUCAGAAAUACUUUUGGAUUGCAUAUAGUUACCAAGUAUUUGCAAUGGGACUUUCGUGCACAACAAAUGUAUCCACUGAUUUGACAGGUGGGUAUCUGUCAUUCCAGGUAUCUAUCUUUUUCCGUUUGGUUUCUAGGAGGUUAGCAGCUAUUGGUAAUUCACGAAGAGAUGGGGAGUUAUUUCCAGACGAAAAGACAAUUCAUGCUCUCGUUCGGUGCAUAGAGAUGCACCAGCUUGUAACAAGGUUAGCUGAAGACAUUCAAACUAUCUUAUCCGUGCCGUAUUUCAUCCAAUUCAACGUUAGCGGAAUUGUCAUUUGUUUCACUGCUUUUCAGCUGGCAUUGCUUUCUCCUGUGGCUGAUAGUGGGACAUUUUCUCUAUUCUUCUUUUUCAUGAUUUGCAUUUUGAUCCAAAAUUAUCUACCUUGCUAUUAUGGAAAUGAGGUUAUUGUAGCCAGUGAUUUGGUAUCAACUGCGCUCUACUCUUCAAACUGGCCCGAACUACCGUUGCCAUACAAAAAGCUGGUCUGCUACUUUAUGGAACGUUUGAAAAAACCAACAAUAAUUAAGGCUGGUGGAUAUUUCACAAUCGGUUUAAAUACAUUAACGUCGAUCAUCCAAAGUGCUUACAGCUUUUUCGCAUUAAUUAUAAAUUUGGAGAAUUAGAAUCACAACGGAUGGAUGUAUGACUUCUGCCUGAGGUGAACCAAGUCUUAGCGACUUUUCUUCUUUAUUUCUAAGCAUAUUAAAAGUUUAGUUUAAUUGCUUAGCAGCUACUUACGUUUGAAGCUCUUUCAAAAUGUUAUCUUUAACAUGUUAUGUAACAAAAGGGGAAAUAUAAGUAAAGAUUGUGCACUAUGUAUUCAUUGGUAAUUUAUAAUACUUGGCUAACAAAAUCAAAAGCGAAUUUAAGUGAAAGAGAGCUCCCAGUGUAUAUGUAUAUGCAAAAUAAACCUGACAUUCGAUUCAAUGUGGUCCUGACAUUUUACCUCUUAUGGAGUAGUAACGUGUCGCGAAAGAGGCAACGUUGACCUACUAUAACUGCUAAUAGUAUGGUCUCCAACAAACUUUCCAGUAUGGUCCAUAUUUAAAUAUCUGUUACUGCACUUUACUACUUUACGUAUCUAGG